AUGCCACGAGCACAACCUGAUCGUGAAAAACAACUAUCACAGCAAAUAUUGUAUAUGUUAUUAAACUUACAAAUACGACAUUAUGUAUCAGAAGAGUGUAUUAAACUUCUUGCAAAUGAAUUAGGUGACAUAUUGAACGCAGCUCACGAUCCGUUAGUUGUGAGUCAUUUAAACGUAUUUAUCGAUUUUUCUCUAUCAGUUAUCCCUUUUCAGAAUUUACAACGAUUGUCAACAAUGGUAAAAAGUUUUGAAAGUGAUCACAUUCGUAUCAAAAAAGCCAAAGAAUAUUUUGGUUAUAUUCAACCGAUAACAAAAUCUUACGAGGUUGUAAGAUCUAUAAACAAUAAAAAAGAAAAAAAACUAGUCAAGUAUGCUUAUGUACCAUAUUUACAAAGUUUAGAACAAUUUAUACAGUUACGGGAAGUUCAACAAGAUUUGAAGCGUCAAGGACCUCCUAUUGCAAAUGUUAUGCAAGAUGUUAUUGAUGGGGAUAUUGCUAUUCUUUAUCCAUAA